AGUAUGAAACGCUUAAAUUCUUCUUAAUGUUUAAUUAGUUCUGAAUACGAUUUCAAUAUAAUGUCAAAUGGUAUAUUUACACGGAGAGUUGAUAAUGACAAUGACGUCACACAACAGCCAAUAAGUUUGGAAUGUGACUUGGAUGCAAAAUACAGAAAACGGGAGUGUAAACUCGAGGUUGACAAGCAACUACGAAAAAGAAUGCUGGAAGCUUGUACUUGCAAUGGACGUCGAUUGAAAACAUUCCUUCGUUCGAUCUUCCCAAUUUUAAUUUGGUUGCCAAAAUAUGACGUAAAAAAUAACUUGCUUGGUGACAUUGCGGCAGGGUUGACUGUUGGAGUAGUUCAUAUACCGCAAGGUCUGGCAUACGGACUACUUGCAACGCUACCACCAAUAGUCGGGAUAUACGUCUCAUUUUUUCCAGUUAUACUAUAUCCAAUAUUUGGUACAUCAAGGCAUAUAUCAAUGGGAACUUUUGCUGUGAUCAGUAUACUUAUUAGUGGAGUCUUAGACCAGAGAGUUCCCGCAUCUUUUUGUGGUGAUCAUCAAAGUAUUUUAAAUAUAUCGUCAAGUAACUCAACAGAUUCAUUCCUUAAUGAAAGUACCACCGUCAUAUGUCAUAAAUUGUACCAGGCAAGAAAAGUUGAAGUUGCAUCUGCGUUAGCUGUAAGCGUUGGAUUACUGCAGGUUAUAAUGUAUCUCUUCAACCUUGGUCUUGUGACGGUAUUUCUGUCCGACAGUCUUGUGUCGGGAUUCGUGAGUGGAGCAUCUAUUCACGUAAUAACAUCACAAAUUCCUAAGCUAGUUGGCGUCACCGUUCGACGAUUUUCUGGACCCUUGGCAUUGGUUCAUACCUACAUUGAUAUCUUCCGCAACAUCACUACCGCGAAUUGGGCAACGAUCGUAAUAUCUUCAGUGGCCAUAGUAUUUCUUGUGGCGGGAAAGGAGUUCAACUCAAAAUACAAGAAGAAGUUACCUUUACCUAUUCCAUGGGAGUUGGGGAUUGUUAUUCUAGCAACAGCGGCUUCUUACUUUGGACAGUUCGAAGAAGGGCACAAGGUUGUCACUGUGGGGGAAGUACCAACUGGCAUCUCACCCAUAGUACCAGGAGGCGCUGACGUUGUCUCAUUGUUUUUUGAUGCCAUACCACUUGCAAUUGUUGCUUUUACGGUUGAAAUAUCACUGUGCCAAAUCUUCGCCACAAAACAUGCAUAUGAAGUUCAUUCCAAUCAGGAACUACUCGCUCUUGGAAUAUGUAAUAUAUUCGGUGCUUUCUUUUCGUGCUUUCCAAGUGCAGCAUCACUUUCUCGUUCAGUUAUUUAUGAAGAAAUUGGUGGCAAGACACAGUUAGGAGCUUACAUAUCUUCGGCUGUAGUGUUGGCGGUAUUGUUGUGGAUAGGACCAUUAUUUCAACCUUUACCUCAAGCAGCUCUCGCAGUCAUAAUCAUUGUAAAUAUAAAAAGCAUCGCUUUCAUGUGGAAAAAUGUUAAACCACUGUGGAGAAUAAGUCGCUUGGAUGCCAUCACGUGGAUGGUAGCUUGGUUUUCUGUAGUUUUGCUGGGAGUCGGUGUUGGAUUGAUUGUAGGUUUUGCAUUUUCCAUAUUCACUGUGAUACUUCGGACCAGAAACGCGACCGGGGUACAAUUACAAAAGCUGCGCCAUGAGAAUGUAUAUCGUGACUGCAAGAAAUACAUUACAAGUACUCAACAUGAUGAGAUAUUUAUUUAUCAGUUUACCAGUCCGCUUUAUUUUGUCAACAAGGACAGGUUUGCAAAACAAUUAUAUGCACAACUUGGGUUUGAUCCAAUCAAGGAAUUUGCACGAAAAAAAUCCAACAUUGUAAGAUCCAAGUUUCAAAAGAAACGAAAAACAAACAAUAAAGACGAUGUUUCAUUGCAAAUAACUUCAAAUAAUAGAAAUAAAAGAAUUAUGUCCAGUGUUAACGGAGAUGGCAACCAUCGCUACAGGAAAAAUUCCAACGCCUCUGAUGUUUCUGCUUCUGAAGUUGAUGAACUAAUGUCUAGUGUUCAUUCUGUUAUAUCGCAAAAAGCAUUUGACCCAGCGCAGAAAUACAGUCAUGUCAUUUUUGAUAUGAAGCAAAGUUCCUUCAUAGACAGCGAUGGCGCUAAACUCAUCAGAGAAUUGUAUGAUUCAUUUUGUGGUUUACAUAUAACACUGAUGCUGACUUCGUGCUGUGAGUCUGUGAAACAAACGCUACGGAGUGUAUGGGAAGAUAGAGAUUCUGCAUUGUAUAUUUCUUUGGACGUCGCUGUACAUGUUGCGAUGAGUCAACAGCAGUCUGGUCAUGUAUUGACAACAUUUUCGGAACACCAAGACAUCGGUACAUCGAGUGUGUAAUUCACAAUUACAUCCACUAAGAGAUGUAAAUGAAAUUCAACACUAAUCAAGAUUGACUUUGGUUACUGAAUAAGAAGAGAAUACUGAAUUGUUCUCUUUUUCACUAUGCAGUGUAUCUACGCACGACAAUAUCAAUAAAUAUUACCACAUUAUACAACGAAAACCUAGUGGACACUAAUAUACAGUUUUGCACGGAGGGCACUGGCAUACAGAAUUAAAAAAAUAUAUAUAAUAAAUA